ACAAUGCACCUCGCCAAGCAAAGAUGGAGGACCCCAGCAGCUGCCGGAGAAGAACAAUGUUUUGCCUCUAGACUUUUUGGGGGAAACGGAGCACACUGAGCUAAGUAGUCCGGCCCGAGGAGCGGCGUGUGGUCAUGCAGCGGAUGACACAGAUCACCACGCUGUAAUCGUCCCGCCAUGAGCAUCAUCCAAGACAAGCUAGGCAACGACUUCCUGCGCUCCAACGGCGGCAUGGACUCCAACUUUGGCCCCGGCAUGAUCAUGUUCAGCCACCUGCCGCCGGUCGCUAGCUUCACCCGCCUGGUGCCUCAGGAGAUGAUCUUGAAGAAGGAGCGGGACUCACCCGACUGCAUCGCUGGCUCCCUGAACGGCGGCGUGGGAGACUACGUCCACGCUCUCGACAUUAAGCAGGAAAAGGUGUCGGAGCACGAUUACCGCCUGCCGCUCUACCCGGGAGGGUUGGGGAAGAGCACGGAGCUGCUGGAACUGACGGUCAACAACAACCAGAACCUGCUAGUACACGAGCUCAACAUGGCCAACCUGCCGGGUCAGUUGGGGAAGGAGCCCGCUGGGAGGAAAGGUCGGAGGUCAAACGGGGACGCCCCGGAGGGCAGACCGAGGAAGAAGCGAAGCGAGAAGCAGUCCAUGCUGCUGGAUGCAGACGGAGGCAGCUUGUCGCCGGGAAGCAAACCUCACAUCUGUGAGCACUGCAGCGCCGCCUUCAGGAGCUCCUAUCACCUCCGCAGACACGUCCUCAUCCACACAGGUGAGCGACCCUUCAGGUGCAGCCAGUGUAACAUGAGCUUCAUCCAGAAGUACCUCCUCCAGCGCCACGAGAAGAUCCACAGCGGAGAGAAGCCGUUCAGCUGCGACCAGUGCAACAUGCGCUUCAUCCAGAAGUACCACAUGGAGAGACACAAGCGCACGCACAGCGGAGAGAAGCCGUACAGAUGUGAGACCUGCCAGCAGUAUUUUUCCAGGACAGACCGCCUGCUGAAACACAAGCGAACCUGUGGAGAAGCGCUAAGGAAAGGCCUUGAUCCCAGCAUGGCGGACAUGUCCGGUUAUGAAGUCACUCAGGGACACGCUGGCAGAAAAAGGGGGCGCUCCAAAAACCCUGCAGAGGCAGGAGCCCGGAGGAAGAAAAAGGUGGACGGAGGAACGCCUCAUGUAUCAGGAGCAUAUAGCAUCCAGGAAUAUGCCGCUGACAACCAAACGGUGGCCUCGUCCACCGAGCCCGGGCCCAGCAUGCAACACCACGGUCGCUCUCCAAAGAUGACGUUCAAGAAGGCCCACCGUAAAGGUGUGGACAAAGGCAGCAAGGAGGACUUGUUGGAGCAGGGUGUGGAUCACGGCCUUGGUCUGAUGCAGGCCAACGCUGCAAAAGUAGGCGGGACCACCAGCAGCAACUAUGACGACGCCAUGCAGUUUCUCAAGAAGCGGCGCUACCUAAACGCCUCGCACAACGUGACGACACCAGUGGGCGGUGGCGAAUACGACGUCAGCCUGGUGUCCUCACACCCGUCUGUCAUCCACGGCGCCGUGUCUGCCGUGAUGGACGGCGACGCCCCUCUCUGUCUGGACAAGUCCGUGAUUCCCGACGAGGUGCUGCAGAGCCUCCUGGACCACUACAGCCAGAAAGCAGACGGCUCGCAUCACGACAUCCACUUUGACAUCGGCGACCAGCACGUGGAGCUCCACCCCCCUGACACGCCCAGCCCGCCCGGGGACAAGAGCGUCCUGAUGAAUGAGUACUCACGUUUCCUGCUUCAGGCCCUGGAGCGCACCAGCCACACGGGCGGCUUCCCCCUCGGGCCCAGUGGCCCCGCUUCCUCCGGCGCGUUCGUGGCGGCCCAGGCGGCGAGCGCACUCUACUCGGACAAGAACGUCUACGCUGCGUCCCCGCUGGAGUGCGGCUUCGGCCCCUCGUCGACGUCGCCCAAGUCGCACUUUGCCAUGCUGGCGAGCUCCUCGCCGCAGCACGUCUUCCACCUGAGUGUCCUGGACCAGCAGCUGACCCCCUCGCAGGAGCUGAGCGAGCAGAUGGAGAAGCAGCACUCCUCCACGCCGCCUUCCGCCUACCAGAUCAGCCCGUCAGACCUGAGCAGCCACAAGGACCGAGCCAAGACCGCCGUCUUCCCGCACACCUCCGCCAAGGAAGCCUAUCAGAUAGAAAACUUUGCGCAGGCUUUCGGCGCUCAGUUCAAGUCGGAAGAGCGCGGCCUGUCUUAUGGCGCCGACUCCGGUGUGGACGUAGACCACCGGAUAAGGACGUCCGUGUCCGAGUUCUCAGGGUACAGCAGCUUGUUGUCCGACGUCAGCGAGCAGACCAGCUCAGCUUCUAAAACGUCGACGAGCCAAAGCUUCAGAUGAGACCACGCUGUACUUCAAGGUAUUAUUUGUAUUUUUUUACUUCCUCUAAAUAUUGUUUAACUUAAGUGCUGGUCAAUCUAGUAUUAUUUCUAUGUUCAUCUUCCACCAGCUGAUCCACGCUAGACAAAUGUUGCCAUGGCACAAGAACUUUUCUGUGUUACAAAUAUUACUCAGGAAACAGGAAGUUGCUGACAUGCUGAACACUGAAAACACUUUUUUACUUGGCGAUAAAGAGAUUAUGGUACAAUGUGAAACUCCUCUUUUCUCUCAAUAAUAUAUAUUUGUAUUAAAUACAGAGCUCACAAGAGGAAGAAUGAGGGCUGGUUUUAAUAAGGGAGCUCAUGAAAUGUUCUGGGUAUUUCUUUUUAAAGAACUAAAGUGACUUUAGGGCUUUAUGGCCAAGAGGGGGCGCUGUUGGGCAACACACUUACCUGCCCUGCUCUUCUACUCACUUGUGUUGGCACCGCACUGCAGACAAAACAAGUUGCACUAUUACAGGGGAAAAGUUGAGUUGUCUUCUUAAAGGGAAAAAAUCGCUGCUAAAGAGAAUAAAGUUGUCAUUUUAGAACAUCUUUAUCAUGAAAUAUUUGUUAAACAAGCCAACAAAAUCAGAUUUCAGUAAUGUUUUAGACCAGGGGUCACCAACGCGGUGCCCGCGGGCACCAGGUGGUAGCCCGUAAGGACAAGAUGAGUAGCCUGCUGGCCUGUUCUAAAAAUAGCUCAAAUAGCAGCACUUACCAGUGAGCUGCCUCUAUUUUUUAAAUUUUAUUUAUUUACUAGCAAGCAGGCCUCGCUGUGCUCGACAUUUUUAAUUAUAAGAGAGACAAAACUCAAAUAGAAUUUGAAAAUCCAAGAAAAUAUUUUAAAGACUUGGUCUUCACUUGUUUAAAUAAAUUCAUUAAUUUUUUUACUUUGCUUCUUAUAACUUUCAGAAAGACAAUUUUAGAGAAAAAAAUACAACCUUAAAAAUGAUUUUAGGAUUUUUAAACACAUAUACCAUUUUACCUUUUAGAUUCCUUCCUCUUCUUUCCUGGCAAUUUAAAUCAAUGUUCAAGUAAAUUUAUUUUUUAUUGUAAAGAAUAAUAAAUACAUUUUAAUUUAAUUCUUCAUUUUAGUUUCUGUUUUUUCGACGAAGAAUAUUUGUGAAAUAUUUUUUUAAAAGAUUCGAAUAAGCUAGUUUUUCCUCUUUUUUUCGGUUGAAUUUUGAAUUUUAAAGAGUCGAAAUUGAAGAUAAACUAUGUUUCAAAAUGUAAUUGUCAUUUUUUUGUGUGUUUUCUCCUCUUAAACCAUUCAAUUAAGUGUAAAUAUCAUUAAUUAUUAUUAAUAACAUAGAGUUAAAGGUAAAUUGAGCAAAUUGGCUAUUUCUGGCAAUUUAUUUAAGUGUGUAUCGAACCGGUAGCCCUUCGCAUUAAUCAGUACCCAAGAAGUAGCUCUUGGUUUCAAAAAGGUUGGUGACCCCUGUUUUAGACUGAUCAUAAUAUGGAAGCAUCUCCCAAUAUUGUACCAUGUCUUUUACUAGUAACACCAACUUUUACUGUAAACUUGUCUUUUCAUAAUUAAAUAACUUUAUUCCCUAUUUUUUUAGGCUAUUCUUUCUCGCUAUGUUAUGACAUGAAUAAUAUCUCGUAGCAGCAUUCUCUUAUUGUAAUUUGCAUACAGACUGUUUUUUCUUGUUACAGUAGAGAUCAUAAUACAUUUGAAUUCUUUGAAUGCAUCGUAAAAACAUCCCUGUCAGGUUAUAUAUAGCACACUCACUCUGUUCUAAGAGCACAGCUUGUAGGUUCAAUGUUCACAAUCCAAUAGCUCAGUUGCUCAGGCAGUAAUGUGUGUAUAUUAGGGGUGUAACGGUACACACAAAUUUCAGUUCGGUACGUACCUCGGUUUAGAGGUGACGGUUUGGCUCAUUUUCGGUACAGUAAGAAAACAACAAAAUAUACUGUAAAUUUUUGGGUUAUUUAUUUACCAAAUUUGCAAAAUCUUCCACCAAAAAUAUUUUUCUUAGUGGAAUAUUUGAUGUGAAGUAAUCAGAACCUUGGAUAGGUCAAUAAUUCAUAAUAACAUUGAUUUUGAUUCCAUAUUAUGUUUUGAGCAAUGACAGUUUGAAAGAAAAAAAAACAGCUUUGUUUUAUUUAUUUUCAACAUAGCAACUUUUUCUAAAUUACAUUUAACCUUUAAGAUUUUUUAUUUCACUUUUGUUAUGUUUUUGUUUAUUUUAAUAGUAUUUUUAGAAUGUGCCGUGGGCCUUUAAAACAUUAGCUGUGGGCUGCAAAUCUGAUAAAUCUAUGGAUAAAAAGCAGAGCCUGGCGACGCCUGCACGUUUAUCAUAACUCUCGCGCUCUCUCUGUCUCUGCCCCUCCCUCACCAAUGCUGCUGCGCGCACAAUUUGUUUUGUUUUUAACCCCUUCUUAACCCUGAACGUACAUUGAAAAUACACGCAACCCUAACUCAAAAUGCCGGACAUUUGAGGCAUUUAAGAAACUCCGCCCUGACAGCGCCGCAAAAGAGGACGUGUCCGGUGAAAAGAGGACGUAUGGUCAGUCUAUCGUAGCCCGUUAGCUGCUAGCAUGCCGUGUGUUGUGCCUCGGUGUGCAUUGUUUACACAACAUGCGUUACGCUACUUAAUAUGUCCGUGUGGAAACUUCUUAGGUACACCUCCGAACUGAACCGGAACCCCCGUACCGAAACGGUUCAAUACAAAUACACGUACCGUUACACCUCUAGUUUAUUAGGAAUGUGAAUCUGUGGGCAUCUCCCAAUUCCAUUCAGAAUUCCAUCCAUCCAUUUUUUACCGCUUAUUCCCUUCGGGGUCGCAGGUGGUGCUGGAGCCUAUUUCAGCUACAAUCGGGCAGAAGGCGGGGUACACCCUGGACAAGUCGCCACCUCACCAUUCAGAAUUGAUUCUCUAACUAUUCUUUAUUCAAAAUCCAUACUUUUUAAUAACAUAGGGUGCCACUUCUAUGAUUAACUACAUUCCUCUAUAAAACAAACAGCUGUGAUACAUUUCUAUAUUACUCAAAAUAAAACUGGUUUAAUUACAUUCUACCCAAACAUUUGAUAAAGUCAAAUAAGGCAACAAGAGAAGUAUCUAACACUUCUCUUUUCUAAAAUAAAUACAUCCAGCAGAUAUGGACAUCUACAUCAACAAUAUGAUUGGCUGGACAGAACACAUUGAAAAAUUAAUUAAAAAAACAUCGAUUUUUGUGAUUCCUUUGAAAAUUGAUUUGACAGACACUCCUUGUGUUUAUAAAAGUUUAGAUUGAAGUACCGUAUUUUUCGGAGUAUAAGUUGCUCCAGAGUAUAAGUCGCACCGGCCGAAAAUGCAUAAUAAAGAAGGAAAAAAAACAUAUAUAAGUCGCACUAGAGUUUAAGUCGCAUUUUUUGGGGAAAUGUAUUUGAUAAAACCCAACACCAAGAAUAGACAUUUGAAAAGCAAUUUAAAAUAAUAAAAGAAUAGUGGACAACAGGCUGAAUAAGUGUACGUUAUAUGAGGCAUAAACAACCAACUGAGAACGUGCCUGGUAUGUUAACGUAACAUAUUAUGGUAAGAGUCAUUCAAAUAACUAUAACAUAUAGAACAUGCUAUACGUUUACCAAACAAUCUGUCACUCCUAAUCGCUAAAUCCCAUGAAAUCUUAUACGUCUAGUCUCUUACGUGAAUGAGCUAUAUAAUAUUAUUUGAUAUUCUACGGUAAUGUGUUAAUAAUUUCACACACAAGUCGCUUCUGAGUAUAAGACGCACCCCCGGCAAACUAUGAAAAAAACUGCGACUUAUAGUCCGAAAAAUACGGUAUGUCGAUUCUUAAUGGGGCAAUUUAAUGUUGCUUGUUUUCAUGUUAGCAUUUAGUGAGCUAGCACCAGUCAGUCCAGAAUUUUAUCAAGGUAUUUAUCUCUUAAAUUCAAAACUUUAAAACUAGCAGACGGGUUAUACCGCAGUUAUCAUUAUUGCAGUUUAUCAGUACAUCCCUAGACACCUUUUCUGCCUGUUUUCUACUUUAAUCUUCUCUUUAAUAAUUGGGAUUUAAAAAAUCACUAAAUGGUGCAGCUUAUCACAUUUUGUCUUUGAAGUGAGGUACCAACACAUCUGUAGUCGAGCGCGUUUCAAAGCCUCCAAUUAGCACUUUGAGCCGUGUCAUGUCAAACUCAACGUCACAUAGUUUGUUUUUUUUGUUGAUAUUUGAACACGAUGAUGGGAUUUGGGAGGGUGGAAAGUAGGUUUUAUCUUUGCUAUUUUCUCGUGGGGGGUUAGCGGCCUUUAAAUGGAGUGGAUGUAAAAUGUCAUUGAGACCCCUUUAGUUGGACUUUAGCCCCGUUCCUAUUGAAUUUGAUGCAAAAGUGUUUGAAUUUGUACGCGUUUAGACUUUUUUCCAAGGCGUCAUGAAGCAAACUGUAGAAUUCAAAUUGGCUGCUUUCUUUGCCUGACACGUUUAGUCAAUGUUAGAUGUUUCUUUUCAAAAUGUAUUUAUGCCUUUUCAAGAAAAGAACAAAAAAAAGGUGACACGCUGUCUUCCAUGAACGUGACUGUGCUGACUCCCCUGCUUGUGGCUGCUGAGCGGGUGGUCUGCUUCCUAUAUUAUAUACCUCAUAUCUCAGAGAUGCAAAGGCCUGAACGACUGAUGAGUUCUACAAAUGUCUUUGUGGGACUAUUUUUGUAACCACGUUUGAAAGGCCAAUCAGUGUUCACGGUCCUCGUCUCUUAUUGUUUACAAGCCUUAGUAACACUACUUUGAAUGAUAUCAUACUGAACACUUUUACCUUGAUUCUUAUUGACAUGAUAUUACAACCGCCAAAUUUUGUAGCUGUUGAUUUGAGUCCAUACCUGUUCAAUGGAAUGACUUUAAAAGUGAUUAUGGAGGAAAUAAUAAAAAAAGU